UGGUGUCUGCUGCCGCAGCCCCGCGACGACGAGCAAGCCGGAGUCGGUUCCUUUCUACUCCGCGCCGCUGCCCAUCUCCUCUGCCACCAUGUCUCUCUGCCGGGCCGCCUCGCUGGCGCUGGCCUCCCGCCUGAGCAGGGCUCCCGCCGCCGCCAGCCGCCUCAAGCAGCGUGCGCCUCCUCGCCAGAUGUCAUCUGGGAGCGUUCCUGGCUCUUCUGGAGACAGGAUGAUGAUCUAUCUCCUUGCUGGUGUUGCAGCUUUUGGUGGUUUAUUUUAUGCCUACAGAGUAGUCAAUUCAUCCCACAGCAAGUUUAUCAAACAUACAAAUAUUCUUCAUGAGAGAGCAGAGGGGCAGAAGAACAAUCCUUGGUCAAGGAAGGAAGGUGAUGGAGAAGAGACGGAUGAAGUCACUGAAGCAGAGGCUGAGGAAGAGGCUGAUACAGCAGCUGCUGUUGAACCUGCAGCACAGGAUGAGAGUGCUGGACCCACAGCACAGGAUGAGACUUCCAGGGUAUCCCCAGAAGCUAAAGGGGAAAAUGACUUACUGGCUCCAGAGGUAUCCCAUGCUACGGAGGAAGCACAGCAGGAAGCUGCUGCUAAUUCAGAAGCUGCUGCUAAUUUGGAACUUGCUGCUAAUUCAGAAGCUGCUGCAGUUGAAGUUUCUGAGGAGAAGACAAUGGAAGAAGUUGCUAAAGAGCGCUAAAGGUACACAGCACAGUUGCAGCAUGUGUAAGCAGUGUGGACGCCUCUGGAAAGUUUAAUGCAAAUAUUUGUGGCAAUCAACCAACUGAUUCCUGUGUGAAACCUCAUACUCUUCUUUGAAGACAUAAAAGAAACUGUGUAGUUUGUCUUACUACACACUGGUUAUUACAGCCAGUAUUCAGUGCUGCAAAAGAUGAUUUAUGUUGCUUAGAGAAACGCUUCUGUGAUUAACACCUCUGCUGUAGAAAGUAGCAUCCAGUCAAGCCACUCAGCAUGUUCUAAAUAAAUGUGCUAAGAGAAGCAGUAGACUUAACUAAGCCAUGCCAGAUGAAUUUUGUUGUCUUGAUAUGUACAUUGAUUUCUUACUUUUGGUCCACACUGUUGUACAUAGUUACACCUUUGUAGCAUUCCAUGCUAAAAUGUAAGCAAUAGGUUUUAAAAUCAAGUCAAAAUAUUAUCAAAGUACCUGUUAGUAUUUUUAAAUUGGAUUACAGGGAAAAUAACAAUGUGUUUGAUCCUGAUUGGAUUUGUGAUUGUAAGCAUAGGACAUCUGGCUGCACAUGACCUAAUUUUCCUAUUGCAUAAACAUUUCAGGUGCUACCAUUCCUGGCAUAACAGCAUCCAGGAGUAAACAUUUUAAGACUCCUGCUUUGGGAAGAAAACCUGUUCACAAGUAGUAGCAUUAGGUACUUUAUGGCAUGACAAUCAAAAUAGUACUGGUUGGUGUUGUCAUGUAUCCAAGUGGUGGCUCCUGCCUUGGGUGUGCUGGGCUCUGCUCCUCCCAAAUCUCAUUCAGCUUGCUGUGGUCUUUCUGUGUUGCUCUCUCUUGGCAGUGGCAUGUAGUGGUAGUGUAACAGCACAAAGGUUUGGUAUAAACCUUCAAACUGGUACAAAUCACAAGUCUUUAAGGCCAUGGCAAAGCCUGUCUCUAAGAUCUUGCACAAAAAGAGCAAAAUCCCUGUGAAGGGCUGUGCAACAGGCAUUCUUAGGGACUAAGAAAGAACUGAAUAGCUAAAUAACCUUGUUUUCUCAGUAUUGGCUUUAUAAAAAAUACAUUUAUUAUGAAUAACAUGUUUAUACGCCACUGUGCUCCCAACCCUCCAUUGUGCUACAUGCACAAGUGUGCAGCUAAGACGAAAUACUGAGACUCCAUUGCAACCAUCACAGAAUGGUAAUGAUCCUAAACCAGAGCCAUAUAAGGUAUAUUAUGUACUACUUAUAUAGAAAGUGUGUUUCAUAAGGUGUGUCUGACUCUUCUCAAGCACAAGUUUGGAAAAUACUGAAAGGAAAAUGACAGCAUUAUGACAUUCCUACCUAUGGCACAAAGCAACACAUGCUUCUUCCCCCAUAAUAAAGCAAAUUAUAACAGUGUUCCAACAAAAAUAUAGCCUUUUGCUCUUAGACCUACUUAGGAAUAACUGGAAUAAUGCAGAGGCAAAAGCAAGCUCCUGAGCAAGAAGACAAACCACAGCCUUCUGCUUAAAGGAUUAAGCCUCUCUGAUUCAAAGCAAUUUUUGUAGACAAGCUACUGGAAUAAAAAUCUCAAACUGA